GGAGGCGAGGAGGAGGCGGGAGGACCACACUUUGCUGCUGCAGAGGCCGAGAGGGACGGACACCCUGGCCGCGGCUGGACACGCUCCCUCUUUCGGCGUCAUCACCGGCAUUCGAGCGCCUAUCCCGGGGCGAAGGGAGGACGAGGAGCGCCGCUGUGCAGCACCUAGGGUAAAGCAGGACAGCAUGGACUUCCAGCUGAGCAUUGGAGUUCUACUCAUGACGCUCCUGAGUCACAUGACGUCAGCGCUGGAAGUGCCUCUUGACCCAAAAGUCCUGGAAGGAUUGCCGCAGCCCCCGACUAUAACGCUACAGUCCCCCAAGGGACUACAUUUUUGACCCCCGGAGAACAUCGUCAUCCACUGUGAAGCCAAGGGGAAGCCUCACCCCAGCUUUUCGUGGACAAGAAACGGAACCCAUUUCGAUGUGGAGAAAGACUCCAAAGUUCUGAUGAAGCCCGGCUCAGGGACUCUGGUCAUAGACAUCAGCGGUGAAAAGGCCGAGGCCUACGAGGGGACCUACCAGUGCACAGCCCACAACGAUCACGGCACGGCUGUGUCCAACAACAUCGUCAUCAGACAGUCCAGGUCCCCCUUGUGGUCGAAGGAAAGAAUUGAGGCCAUCACCGUGCAGCUGGGGAUCUCCCUGGUGCUACAAUGCCGACCCCCGGCUGGGCUGCCCCCUCCUGUCAUAUUUUGGAUGGAUAACAAUUUCCAGAAGCUGCCGCUGGACAAACGGGUGUCCCAGGCCCUGAAUGGAGACUUGUACUUCUCCAAUGUCCUGGCUGAGGACACCAGGAACGACUACAUCUGCUACGCCCGCUUCCCACAUACACAAACCAUUCAGCAGAAGCAGCCCAUCUCUGUCACGGUGCAGGAGAUAGAUACAAUGAAUGAGACUGUGGCUGCUUUGUACAAUAUCACUACCUUUAGUGCCAACCCGGCAAGAGAGCAGCGCCCAGGCUUCUUGACACCUUUGGGCGCCACCAGCACCAAGAUGGUUCUACGGGGCGAGACCCUCGAGCUGGAAUGCAUCGCGGAGGGCUUGCCCACUCCAGACAUGUCCUGGCAGAAAGACGGAGGAGAGCUGCCCACCAGCAGAGUCUCCUUCCUCAACUACAAGAAAACUCUCAAGAUUUCCGAUGUCGGUGAAGCCGACGCCGGCGACUACACCUGCACGGCCACGAACCGCCUGGGCACGGUAGACCACGUCAUUAAGGUCACCGUCAAAGCUGCUCCUUUCUGGAUCAGCGCUCCCAGGAACCUGAUCCUCGCUCCUAAUGAAACCGGCAUCUUGACUUGUCGAGUCAGUGGAGACCCCAAACCAGAAAUAAGAUGGUUUGUCAAUGGGAUCCUCUUAGAGAAUGCCCCAGAGGACCACACCCGCAAGGUGGACGACGACACCGUGAUUCUCAGCAACGUGCAGUCCGGGUCCAGCGCCGUUUAUCAGUGUAACGCAUCCAACGAAUUUGGCUACCUGAUGGCCAACGCCUUUGUGAAUGUUCUUGCUGAGCCCCCGAGGGUCCUCACCCCCCCCAACCAAGUGUACCAAGUCAUCACCAACAGCCCCGCCUUGUUGGACUGUGCUACUUUUGGCUCACCGAUACCAAGCAUCACCUGGUUCAAAGACGGUAAGAUCAGCAUUAAGAGCGGAGACCCCUAUGUGAUCCACGAGAACGGUACCUUGGAGAUCAAUGUGGCCCAGUCGCAGAACAGCGGGAAGUACACGUGCAUCGCCACCAACAACCUGGGCAUCAAGGAGAACCACGUCUACUUGGAGGUUAAAGAGCCAACGCGCAUCCUGAAGCAGCCCGAAUACAAAGUGGUGCAGAGAGGCAUGAGCGCCGUUUUUGAGUGUAAGGUCAAGCACGACCCCUCCCUCGUCCCCACCAUGACCUGGCUGAAGAACAACGGCGAACUGCCGGAUGACGAGAGGUUUGAGGUGGACACAGACAGUCUGGUCAUCAAAGAUGUGAUGGAUGAAGACGAGGGCACCUACACCUGCAUCAUGAACACCAGCCUGGACCAGGACUCAGCCACCGCCAUGCUGACUGUCGUCGAGGCUACUCCUACUCCAGCUAUUGUCUACGAGAAACCUGACCCAGCCACUGACCUGGAACUCACCGACCAGACUGAAAGGAGUGUUCGGCUCACUUGGAUCCCAGGAGAUGAACACAACAGUCCCACACAAAAGUUUCUGAUCCAAUAUGAGGAUUUGCUGCACCAGCCAGGCGUCUGGGUCAACAUGACGGAGGUCCCCGGUACGAGCACGACUGCACACCUGAACCUGUCGCCUUUCGUCUACUACUCCUUCCGGGUACUGGCGAAGAACCAGGUUGGCUACAGCCAACCCAGCCAGGCCUCACACCAAUACCGGACCAACCCUGCUGCCCCGGAUGACAAUCCAUCAGACGUUCAGGGCGAGGGAACAGAACCUGGCAACCUCGUCAUCUCCUGGAAACCGCUAACAGGAUUUCAGUCUAACGGCCCUGGUCUGGAGUACAAAGUCCUAUGGAGGCAGAAGGACGUUGAUGAAGAGUGGUCUUCCACAACAGUGGCCAACGUCACACAGGUGGUCGUGACCGGAACUCCUAUCUUUGUACCCUACGAGAUCAAGGUCCAAUCCCUGAACGACUACGGCAACGGGCCGGAAGCUGAAGUAAUCAUCGGCUACUCCGGGGAAGAUUUGCCUACAUCCGCGCCCGACGGCGUUCUGGUCAUGGUUCACAACAGCACCCUGGCAGAAGUGCACUGGGAGCCGGUGUCCUCGCACUCAAUCAGGGGCAAACUGAAGGGAUACAAGGUAUAUUACCGGCGUGAGCGAGGUUUGCACAAGACCGAGGAGGAGGCAGAUCAAGAAUCUCAAGACCAGGUUCUGACCUUCAGCGGGAAUAGUACUGAGGGCUCUCUGCCGGGCCUCCAACCCUACAGCCUGUACAACCUCUUCAUCAGGGUCCUGAAUAACAAAGGAGAAGGUCCUCCUAGUCCAGAUAAGCAGUUUGAGACACCAGAGGGAGUUCCAGGCCCUCCUUCCUUUCUCAAUGUCUUGAACCCCAGUUUGGACUCUCUCACUCUGGAAUGGGGCCCACCGCUAAACAACAACGGACGCCUUAUUGGAUACACUCUCACAUACCAGCCAGUCAACAACACCGUUGAAAUGGGGACGGUCAAGAUGAUGGAAUUUCCGGUCAACGAGACGACCGUGACCCUGGACAACCUGAACUCUAGCGUGCUCUACAAGUUUGACUUAAGUGCAAAGACGAUCAAAGGAGCCGGAGCCAACACCACAAAAGAGGCGUCCACCGUCAUGGAAACAACUCACACUGGUCCCACUAUAGAGGCGGGUAAAGGCCCCACAGAACCAACAACACCCGUCACUCAGUCCCCCCCAGUUCACAAGGCGCCCUCUGUAGGCCCCGUGUUUGGCACGUUUAAUACUUCAGUGUCCGAGGAGGGUGCGCUGAUCAGUUGGGAAUACUUCGGACCCCAUAAGAACGUUUAUGUGGAAUACACGGUCGAAAACAGCAAAGAGGACUGGAAAAAGGAGUCGGUAAACGGCUCGCACUCGCAUGUGUUAAAAGGCUUAAAGCCGGGGACGUCCUAUAAGGUGCGCGUGGUAGCUCGAGACCCGGCCGGGCCCACGCUGCACAGCACCAAGGAAGAGGUGGUCACGGUGCCAGCCGUGCCCAGUCGCCACGUGGACAUCGCCACCCAGGGCUGGUUCAUCGGACUGAUGUGCGCCAUCGCUCUUCUCAUCCUGGUGCUGCUCAUCGUCUGCUUCAUCAAGAGGAACAAGGGCGGCAAAUAUCCAGUGAAAGAGAAAGAAGAAGCCCACCAGGACCCAGAGAUCCAGCCCAUGAAGGAGGACGACGGCACAUUUGGAGAAUACAGCGACACCGAGGACCACAAGCCGCUGAAGGGCAGCCGGACGCCGUCCAACGGCACGGUGCGCCGCGACGAGAGCGACGACAGCCUGGUGGACUACGGCGAGGGCGGCGACGGGCAGUUCAACGAGGACGGCUCCUUCAUCGGCCAGUACAGCGGCAAGAAGGAGAAGGACACGCACGAGGGCAACGAGAGCUCCGAGGCGCCGUCGCCCGUCAACGCCAUGAACUCCUUUGUCUGACCUGCGCCGCGCGGGGGCUUGCCGGGGCGCACCGUAACUUUGGACCGCCGUGGUGGUCGCCCUGGCAACCGCCGUCACCCCCCUUUGCGCCCUCCGCCUGCUCCUGUGAGCAAAGACAGACCGACACCACAAUCCAGACGGUGGAGGCUGAAGGAGCGACUCUUGAGAGGAAGCAAUAUAGAAAAGGAAUGUAUCAAGAGUGUCGGCCCUGAGUGUGUGUGUGUGCGUGCGUGUGUGUGUGUGUGUGUGCGUGUGUGUGUGUGUGUGUGUGUGUGUGUGUGUGUGUGUGUGUGUGUGUGUGUGUGUGCCAUUUGGUAUCCUUUGCAAACAUCCUGCAGGCUGGUACGCACCGUCUGUAUGGAGGGAAUCACGUUCUUUAGCAUUCAGCCAUCACAUGUGUUCAUGCCUCGAAAAUACCGUAAAUGCUCCAAUUAUCGCCGCCGCCUUCCCUUAACCACAAACGCAAAGAUGUCAGGGCGCUAAUUGGAAGCAGGGAAUGUUUCUUACUUUGUCGCCAGUCAAACGGUCGUUAUAAGAAUGAUAACGACAAGGAAGAUGCAGCACAACCCAUGUUGUCGUUUAAAAGAAGUAAUAUAGGAGAAAACCGCUACUCUGCGGAGCGAGUGGCAUAAGGGAAAGUGUAACAAGAGAAAUGACUGUCGACAUUUUAAAGCGCAUGAAGAGCUAGACCUUUUUGGCUGAGAGAGCCAUGAAAGCCAGAUAUUUCAAAAUGCAUAUCCGUGAGAGCCAUAUAGGUGGCGACUUGUACAGGGUGUACCCCACCUUCCGCCCUAUUGUAGCUGAGAUAGGCACCAGCGCCCCCCACCACCCCAAAGGGAAUAAGCGGUAGAAAAUGAAUGAAUGGCUGGAUGAAUACAACUAAAUGCGGGCAUUUUUAAGUAAAACCAACAUUUUCAGAGUAUAAUAAGUCUCUUAUUCUUUUUAAUAACAUUGUUAUUCUAAAGUUAAACAAUAAUAAAUAUAAUACUUCUUACAAGUGCGAUAGAAAAUGGAUGGUUGGAUUAAAAUGCAUGAGAAUGUUUUAUCAUUUCAACGUUAUUUUUAAGACUGUGAUUACCAGCGGAAUAAUAAUUACUUAUCGUGUUAAGUGAUGUCAGCUCAGAUUUAUCUGAGAGCCAGAUUUAGUCAUCAAAAGAGCCACAUCUGGCUCUAGAGCCAUAGGUUCCCUACCCCUGGUCGAGACAAAUCUUACAUGUUUAACUUCCGUAAUGAUUGGAAGAAAAGAAAGCGGAAAUCCCUUUAAGACCACAUUAAUUUGCAAGUGUGUUGCGCAACAGAGCAGCGAGAGAACCAAUGUUGUAAUUUAAGACGUUGAUAUAAGAGAAAACUGCUGAGCCAGCAGUAAUAAGCGCAAGUGGCAUUUCGGCAGCUGAAACACAUUUUUUUGCCUUGGUGAGUGUAUGGCAAACUCUCUAACUGUAUUGACCCCGCACUGAUGAUACUGUGUUUAUUUCUCAGGCAGAUUAUUGCAAUUCUGUUGUGAUGAGGUGGCAACUUGUCCAGGGUGUACCCCCCGCCUUCCGCCCGAAUGCAGCUGAGAUAGGCUCCAGCGACCCCCCAAAAAAGGGACAAGCGGUAUAAAGCGGAUGGAUGGAUUUAUUCAAAUCUCAAAUACGCGACAGCAGGUAACAAUGGGUAAGAAAAGUAAAAGUAUUUACCUAUAAAACUAUUUACUUAUGGAAGUAUGGAAUCGUGAUUCAUUCGAAAAUUGAUUUUUGAGUUUCACACAUAAAAAAAAAAAAAUAGCAACAUUUUAAAGCGCAUGAAGAGCUAGAUACAGCUGCUGGAUGUUAGCCAACACUUGAAAACUCUUUGUUUUUUUAAACUUUAAUAGUUAUUUGGAGUACACAAAAAAGCAGAAAUCGCUCUUUGAACUAGCAGCAACACAACCAAUGUUGUAAUGUCAGAAAUUAAUAUGGGAGAAAACUGCUGAGCCAGCAUUUAUAACGCAAGUAGUAUUAAGGCAACAAAAACACACAGUGACUUUCACACAUAAAAGACUGACUAACAGCAUUUUGAAGCGCAUGAAGAGCUAGAUAAAGCUUCUGGAUGCUCGCCGCUCUUGUAAAUCUUCAAUUUUUAACUUCCGUAAUGAUUUGAAGCGCAUGGGAAAGUGGAAAUCUCUUUUAGACUGCAUUAAUUCGUGAGUGUAUUGCACAACAGUGCAGCGAGAGAACCAAUGUUGUAAUUUUAGAAGUUAAUAAAGGAGAAAACUGCUGAGCCGGCAUUAAUAAGCGCUAGUGGCAUUGCAGCAGCUGAAACCUGCCACUUGAGUUUCACACACACACAAAAAAAGUAACAUUUUAAAGCGCAUAAAGAGCGAAAUAAGGAUGCUGGAUGUUAGCCAACAUUUGAAAACUCUUUUUUUUUAACAUCAAUAGUUAUUUGGAGCACAUAAGAAAGCAGAAAUCUCUCUUUGAGCUCACAGCAGCACAACCAAUGUUGUAAUUCCAGAAAUUAUUUUGGGAGAAACCGGCUGAGCCAGCACUAAUAACGCGAGCAGCAUUACGGCAACUAAAACACGUAAAAAAACUGACUCACAACAUUUUGAAGCGCUUGAAGAGCUAGAUAAAGCUUCUGGAUGCUCGCCGCUCUUGUAAAUCUUCAAUUUUUAACUUCCAUAAUGAUUUGAAGCGCAUGGGAAAGUGGAAAUCUCUUUUAGACUGCAUUCAUUCGCGAGUGUAUUGCACAACAAAGCAGCGAGAGAACCAAUGUUGUAAUUUUAGAAGUUAAUAAAGGAGAAAACUGCUGAGCCGGCAUUAAUACACGCAAGUGGCAUUGCAGCAGCGGAAACCUGCCACUUGAGUUUCACACACAAAAAAAGUAACAUUUUAAAGCGCAUAAAGAGUGAAAUAAGGAUGCUGGAUGUUAGCCAACACUUGAAAACCCUUUUUUUUUUUAACAUAAAUAGUUAUUUGGAGCACAUAAGAAAGCAGAAAUCUCUCGUUGAGCUCACAGCAGCACAACCAAUGUUGUAAUUCCAUAAAUUAUUUUGGUAGAAACCGGCUGAGCCAGCACUAAUAACGCAAGCAGCAUUACGGCAACUACAAUGCGCCGUGUAAGUUUCACACGUACAAAAACUGACUAAAAGCAUUUUGAAGCGCUUGAAGAGCUAGAUAAAGCUUCUGGAUGCUCGCCACUCUUGUAAAUCUUCAAUUUUUAACUUCCGUAAUGAUUUGAAGGGCAUGGGAAAGUGGAAAUCUCUUUUAGACUGCAUUCAUUCGUGAGUGUAUUGCACAACAUAGCAGCGAGAGAACCAAUGUUGUAAUUUUAGAAGUUAAUAAAGGAGAAAACUGCUGAGCUGGCAUUAAUAAGCGCAAUUAGCAUUACAGCAGCUGAAAACUGCCACUUGAGUUUCACACACACUAAAAAAGUAACAUUUUAAAGCGCAUAAAGAGCGAAAUAAGGAAGCUGGAUGUUAGCCAACAUUUGAAAACUUUUUUUUUUAACAUCAAUAGUUAUUUGGAGCACAUAAGAAAGCAGAAAUCUCUCUUUGAGCUCACAGCAGCACAACCGAUGUUGUAAUUCCAGAAAUUAUUUUGGGAGAAACCGGCUGAGCCAGCACUAAUAACACAUGCAGCAUUACGGCAACUAAAACACGUAAAAAAACUGACUCACAACAUUUUGAAGUGCUUGAAGAGCUAGAUAAAGCUUCUGGAUGCUCGCCGCUCUUGUAAAUCUUCAAUUUUUAACUUCCGUAAUGAUUUGAAGGACAUGGGAAAGUGGAAAUCUCUUUUAGACUGCAUUCAUUCGUGAGUGUAUUGCACAACAAAGCAGCAUUACAACCCGUGUUGUAAUUUACAAUAUGAAUAUAGGCGAGAGUGGCUCAUUAACGGCGCAAUCGGCAUUAGUGUAACACAUCAUUGAGUUUCACACAUACAGUUUUUAAAGCGCAGGAAGAGCUAGAUAAAGAUUCUAGAAGUUUAAAUGUGUUUAACUUCAGUAAUUAUUUGGAUUGCUUGAUAAAGUGGAAAUCUCUCUUUUUGACCACAUUAAUUAGCAAGUGAAUUGCGCCACACAGCUGCAACACAACCAAUAUUGUAAUUGAAUAUGUCAUUUGGAGAGAAAACUGCUCAGCCAGAAAUCAUAGUGCGAGUAGCAUUACAGCAAUUAAAACACGCCAUGUGAGUUUCACGCAUUUAAAAAUGACUAGCAACAUUUUAAAGUGCAUGAAGAGCUAGAUAAAGUUGCUGGAUGUUCGCCAACUCUUGAAAAGUGUUUUUUUUUGUUUUGUUUUUUUAACUUCAAUUAAUAAUUUGGAAUGCAGGAGAAAUUGAAAAUUCCUAUUUGAUCAUGUUUAUUUGCAAGUGUAAUGCACAACACAGCAACACAACCAAUGUUGUAAUUUAAGAAAUUCAUAUAGGACAAAACUGCUAAGGCCAGCAUUAAUAAGCGCAAGUAGUAUUAAGCAAGUGAAACAUGCCAUGUGAGUCUCACACACCAAAAAUGUACCAUAAACAUUUCAAAGCGCACAAAGAGCUAGAUGAAGCUGUUUGGUGUUGGCCAACACUUAAAAAUGCAUCAAAUACAGCUUUUUUUUGUUUGUUUUUACUUCAGUGAUGAUUUGGAGCGCAUGACAAAUUGGAAAUCUUUCUUUGAUCACAUUUAUUAGCAAGUGUAUUGCAGAACACUGCAGCACUACGACCAAUGUUGUAAUUUAAGAAGGAGAAAACUGCUGAGCCAGCAUUAGUAGUGCAAACGGCAUUACGGCAAGUAAAACAUGUUAUGUGAGUUUCACACAUUAAAAAAAAAAUAACUAGCAACAUUUUAAAGCGCAGGAAGAGCUAGAAGAAGGUGCUUGAAAAUGCAUUAAAUGCAACUGAUUUUUGUUUUUAGCUCAUUUUAAGCUGCUGGAAGCUUAAAAUGUUUUAUCUUCAGUAAUUUUUUGGAGCACAUGAGAAAGAGGAAAUCUAUCCUUGAUCAUUAUUAGCAAGUGCAUUGCAGAACAUGGCAGUAACACAACCGAUGUUGUAAUUUAAGAAAUUAAUAUAGAAAAAAAACGCUGAGCCAGCAUUUAAAGUGCGAAAGGCAAUACGGCUAUGUAAGUUUCUCCCACAGCAUUUUUAAAGCGCAUGAAGAGGUAAAUAAAGCUGCUGGCCACUCUUGAAAUGAAAUACACCUCAAACUUUAAUCAUGAUUGGGAGUGCACGAGAAAGCAGAACUUUCUCUUCGAGCACAUUAGUUAGCGAGUGUAUUGACCUACAACCAAUGUUGUAAUAGCGAGGUUUUAGGAUGGAUUCAUUGUUUACUUCAAGGGUCCACAUGGAAACAACCCAUUAUGUUGAUGUGGAAAUUAUCUUUAUUUAUUAGCCCGCCAACAACACAACCAAUGUUGUAACAGCAGAAUGCAAGGAGCGAACUGCCGAGCCAGCAUUAUGUUGACUUGGUCCAGAAUUGAUUAGUAACACUUUAAAAGCGCAUGCAGAGGUAAACAACCACUUAAUGAUCGUCCUUUUUUUGUGGAGUUGUCGUUUCUCCGCUGUGGGGGAGUUAAUUGGAACAGUUACGGUAGAUGCGAGGCAGUGUGACGAUACGUGAGACAGUCAUUGGAUGAUAUCAAAAUGUGGAAUGUUGAAAAGCUGUCCUGGAAGAAAAAAAAAAAAAAGAAAUGGUAUCGCUGGAGAAUGUUGCUCGGUUUGUUUACCCUCCACAUGCUUGGGGCGGGUGCCUGCUCGACACCUGACCCUUCCAACACACACAAUCCUUUCUUGUCCUCCUUUUCUCAUGACUUGCAUCAAGUUUUUAUUUUGUAAAUAAGAAUUAGACAAGCAGGCGGCAUCAUGACGUGUGACAAACUCUUUGCUGUGGUUUUUCUGUCAGGUGAACUUGCAAAGUUUUGUUUUUUUUGCUUGCGGCCGAGCUCUUGUGACACCUCGUCUUGUUCAUGCACCUUUUAUUGUGGCUUUAGACACACACACACACACACAAGCACACGCACAGACACACACAAACACACACAUUAUUGUAUUUCUGACCUUCUUGAGACCUGAGAAAAAUGCUUACCUCUUUAGAACCACCCUUUCUAGACACACACACAUUAAUGUAUUUCUGACCUUCUUGGGACCUGAGAAAAAUGCCGACUACACACACAUUAUUUUAUUUCUGACCUUUUUGGGACCCGAGAAAAAUGCUGACAACUUUAGGACCACCCUUACUAGAUAUACACACGUUUUUGUAUUUCUGACCUUCUUGGGACCUGAGAAAAAUGCCGACUAUACACACAUUAUUGUAUUUCUGAACUUCUUGGGACCUGAGAAAAUGCCGACUAUAUACACAUUAUUGUAUUUCUGACCUUUUUGGGACCUGAGAAAAAUGCUGACAUAUUUAGGACCACCCUUAGAAUGCUGACCUCUUACUAGAUAUACACACAUUUUUGUAUCUCUGAACUUCUUGGGACCUGAGAAAAAUGCAGACUAUACACACAUUAUUGUAUUUCUGACCUUCUUGGGACCUGAGAAAAAUGCCGACCAUACACACAUUAUUGUAUUUCUGACCUUUUUGGGACCUGAGAAAAAUGCUGACAUAUUUAGGACCACCCUUAAAAUUCUGACCUCUUACUAGAUAUACACACAUUUUUGUAUUUCUGACCUUCUUGGGACCUGAGAAAAAUGCCGACUAUACACACAUUAUUGUAUUUCUGACCUUUUUGGGACCUGAGAAAAAUGCUGACAUAUUUAGGACCACCCUUAGAAUGCUGACCUCUUACUAGAUAUACACACAUUUUUGUAUUUCUGACCUUCUUGGGACCUGAGAAAAAUGCCGACAAUACACACAUUAUUGUAUUUCUGACCUUUUUGGGACCUGAGAAAAAUGCUGACAUAUUUAGGACCACCCUUAGAAUGCUGACCUCUUAAUAGAUAUACACACAUUUUUGUAUUUCUGACCUUUUUGGGACCUGAGAAAAAUGCUGACAUAUUUAGGACCACCCUUAAAAUGCUGACCUCUUACUAGAUAUACACACAUUUUUGUAUUUCUGACCUUCUUGGGACCUGAGAAAAAUGCCGACUAUACACACAUUAUUGUAUUUCUGACCUUUUUGGGACCUGAGAAAAAUGCUGACAUAUUUAGGACCACCCUUAGAAUGCUGACCUCUUACUAGAUAUACACACAUUUUUGUAUUUCUGACCUUCUUGGGACCUGAGAAAAAUGCCAACUAUACACACAUUAUUGUAUUUCUGAACUUCUUGGGACCUGAGUAAAUGCCGACUAUACACACAUUAUUUUAUUUCUGACCUUUUUGGGACCUGAGAAAAUGCCGACUAUAUACACAUUAUUGUAUUUCUGACCUUUUUGGGACCUGAAAAAAUGCCGACUAUAUACACAUUAUUGUAUUUCUGACCUUUUUGGGACCUGAGAAAAAUGCUGACAUAUUUAGGACCACCCUUAGAAUGCUGACCUCUUACUAGAUAUACACACAUUUUUGUAUCUCUGAACUUCUUGGGACCUGAGAAAAAUGCAGACUAUACACACAUUAUUGUAUUUCUGACCUUCUUGGGACCUGAGAAAAAUGCCGACCAUACACACAUUAUUGUAUUUCUGACCUUUUUGGGACCUGAGAAAAAUGCUGACAUAUUUAGGACCACCCUUAGAAUGCUGACCUCUUAAUAGAUAUACACACAUUUUUGUAUUUCUGACCUUUUUGGGACCUGAGAAAAAUGCUGACAUAUUUAGGACCACCCUUAAAAUUCUGACCUCUUACUAGAUAUACACACAUUUUUGUAUUUCUGACCUUCUUGGGACCUGAGAAAAAUGCCGACUAUACACACAUUAUUGUAUUUCUGAACUUCUUGGGACCUGAGUAAAUGCCGACUAUACACACAUUAUUGUAUUUCUGACCUUUUUGGGACCUGAAAAAAUGCUGACAUAUUUAGGACCACCCUUAAAAUGCUGACCUCUUACUAGAUAUACACACAUUUUUGUAUUUCUGAACUUCUUGGGACCUGAGAAAAAUGCCGACUAUACACACAUUAUUGUAUUUCUGACCUUCUUGGGACCUGAUAAAAAUGCCGACCAUACACACAUUAUUGUAUUUCUGACCUUUUUGGGACCUGAGAAAAAUGCUGACAUAUUUAGGACCACCCUUAGAAUGCUGACCUCUUAAUAGAUAUACACACAUUUUUGUAUUUCUGACCUUUUUGGGACCUGAGAAAAAUGCUGACAUAUUUAGGACCACCCUUAAAAUGCUGACCUCUUACUAGAUAUACACACAUUUUUGUAUUUCUGACCUUCUUGGGACCUGAGAAAAAUGCCGACUAUAUACACAUUAUUGUAUUUCUGACCUUUUUGGGACCUGAGAAAAAUGCUGACAUAUUUAGGACCACCCUUAGAAUGCUGACCUCUUACUAGAUAUACACACAUUUUUGUAUUUCUGACCUUCUUGGGACCUGAGAAAAAUGCCGACUAUAUACACAUUAUUGUAUUUCUGACCUUUUUGGGACCUGAGAAAAAUGCUGACAUAUUUAGGACCACCCUUAGAAUGCUGACCUCUUACUAGAUAUACACAAUUUUUUUUAUUUCUGACCUUCUUGGGACCUGAGAAAAAUGCCGACCAUACACACAUUAUUGUAUUUCUGACCUUCUUGGGACCUGAGAAAAAUGCCAACUAUACACACAUUAUUGUAUUUCUGAACUUCUUGGGACCUGAGUAAAUGCCGACUAUACACACAUUAUUGUAUUUCUGACCUUUUUGGGACCUGAAAAAAUGCUGACAUAUUUAGGACCACCCUUAAAAUGCUGACCUCUUACUAGAUAUACACACAUUUUUGUAUUUCUGAACUUCUUGGGACCUGAGAAAAAUGCCGACUAUACACACAUUAUUGUAUUUCUGACCUUCUUGGGACCUGAUAAAAAUGCCGACCAUACACACAUUAUUGUAUUUCUGACCUUUUUGGGACCUGAGAAAAAUGCUGACAUAUUUAGGACCACCCUUAGAAUGCUGACCUCUUAAUAGAUAUACACACAUUUUUGUAUUUCUGACCUUUUUGGGACCUGAGAAAAAUGCUGACAUAUUUAGGACCACCCUUAAAAUGCUGACCUCUUACUAGAUAUACACACAUUUUUGUAUUUCUGACCUUCUUGGGACCUGAGAAAAAUGCCGACUAUAUACACAUUAUUGUAUUUCUGACCUUUUUGGGACCUGAGAAAAAUGCUGACAUAUUUAGGACCACCCUUAGAAUGCUGACCUCUUACUAGAUAUACACAAUUUUUUUUAUUUCUGACCUUCUUGGGACCUGAGAAAAAUGCCGACCAUACACACAUUAUUGUAUUUCUGACCUUUUUGGGACCUGAGAAAAAUGCUGACAUAUUUAGGACCACCCUUAGAAUGCUGACCUCUUAAUAGAUAUACACACAUUUUUGUAUUUCUGACCUUUUUGGGACCUGAGAAAAAUGCUGACAUAUUUAGGACCACCCUUAAAAUGCUGACCUCUUACUAGAUAUACACACAUUAUUGUAUUUCUGACCUUCUUGGGACCUGAGAAAAAUGCCGACUAUACACACAUUAUUGUAUUUCUGACCUUCUUGGGACCUGAGAAAAAUGCCGACUAUACACACAUUAUUGUAUUUCUGAACUUCUUGGGACCUGAGUAAAUGCCGACUAUACACACAUUAUUUUAUUUCUGACCUUUUUGGGACCUGAGAAAAUGCCGACUAUAUACACAUUAUUGUAUUUCUGACCUUUUUGGGACCUGAGAAAAAUGCUGACAUAUUUAGGACCACCCUUAAAAUGCUGACCUCUUACUAGAUAUACACACAUUUUUGUAUUUCUGAACUUCUUGGGACCUGAGAAAAAUGCCGACUAUACACACAUUAUUUUAUUUCUGACCUUUUUGGGACCUGAGAAAAAUGCUGACCUAUUUAGGACCACCCUUACUAGAUAUACACACAUUUUUGUAUUUCUGACCUUCUUGGGACCUGAGAAAAAUGCAGAAUAUACACACAUUAUUGUAUUUCUGAACUUCUUGGGACCUGAGUAAAUGCCGACUAUACACACAUUAUUUUAUUUCUGACCUUUUUGGGACCUGAGAAAAUGCCGACUAUAUACACAUUAUUGUAUUUCUGACCUUUUUGGGACCUGAGAAAAAUGCUGACAUAUUUAGGACCACCCUUAAAAUGCUGACCUCUUACUAGAUAUACACACAUUUUUGUAUUUCUGAACUUCUUGGGACCUGAGAAAAAUGCCGACUAUACACACAUUAUUUUAUUUCUGACCUUUUUGGGACCCGAGAAAAAUGCUGACAACUUUAGGACCACCCUUACUAGAUAUACACACAUUUUUGUAUUUCUGACCUUCUUGGGACCUGAGAAAAAUGCAGAAUAUACACACAUUAUUGUAUUUCUGAACUUCUUGGGACCUGGUAAAAAUGCCGACUAUACACACAUUAUUGUAUUUUUGACCCUCUUGGGACCUAAGAAAAAUGCCGACUUCUUUAGGACCACCCUUUCUAGAUAUAUCUGGAUGUGUAUUUACAACAUUAAUAAUAUACACAUACUGUGCAAAAUAUAAAAAAAGGUAAGAUUUAGUUUUUUUUGUUGUUGACAUUUUUUGUUGUUAUUGUGUGAAUGUUUCGGUGCAUUCACACAUGCUUUUCUACACCAAUAUUAAUUAAUUAUUCAACUUCUUCUUCUUCUCCAGGUUUUGGCGCUCUCUAACUUCCACAUUUUUCAUCCAAUUCGAACCGUUCCAACUUCAAACUGUUCAGUCUAUUCGCCAGUCUUGAAAAAUUUCCAAAAAUUCCCAGAAUUCCCCAUUUGCCGGGACAUUUUUCCCCAUUCAAAAUGAAUUGGCCAUUUUUCCAAACUUUCAACAUUUCCAAGUUUUUCAACCGAUUCAAGCCAUUCCGGUAUAGUUCGGUUGGAAGAGUGGCCGUGCCGGCAACUUGAGGGUUCCUGGUUCGAUCCCCUUUUCCGCCAUCCUAGUCCCUGCUGUUGUGUCCUUGGGCAAGGCACUUUACCCACCUGCUCCCAGUGCCACCCACACUGCUUUAAAUGUAACUUAGAUAUUGGGUUUCACUAUGUAAAAGCGCUUUAUAAAUAUAAUUCACUUCACUUCCACCUUCAACAUAUUCCACUCAUCCUGGACAUUCAAACAAUCAUUUUUCCAAGGUCAAAGAAAUUCCAGGAUCUUCCAGAAUUCAUGUUUUUCCAAAGGCCUAUGUCCACCCUUUAUUCUGGCAUCUACUUCUACCACAUUUUUCAACGCAUUUCAACUGUUCCAACGACAAAACAUUCAUCUUAAUGAGGACAAAAAACUAAGUUAUUUUUUUUAACUGAAAAAACUCCCCAAAUUCCAGGAAUUCAACAUGUGGUACUACUUCAACAUUUCUUGACCGAUUUGAAAAAUGUCAACACCAACCAUUCAUUCAUAACAUUAAAUUUUUUUUACCAUUUCGAAAAAAUUCCCCACUUUUCCCGAAAUUCCCAACUUUUGGGGAAAUUCCCUUUGAAAUCAAUGGGACAUUCUUCAAAGUUCCACACCUCCCACAUUUUUCUUCUGAUUCAAACUGUUCCAACUUCAAACUGUUCAGCCUAUUCGGGAAGUGCGGGCUUUCCCUUGACAAAUUCCAAAAUCUCCCAGAAUUCCCGGUUUUCCGGGACAUUCUUCCUAUUUAAAAAUGAUUUGCCCAAUUUUCAACAUUUCCACAUUUUCAACCGAUUCAAGCCAUUCCACCUACAACACGUUGCACCAUCCUGGAAAUUCAAUAUACCCUUUUUCCAAGUUCAAAGAAAUUCCAAGUAUUUCUGUAAUUCCUGGUUUGCCAAAGCCCUAUUUCUACCCUUUUUUUGGCGACUACCACUUCCACAUUUUUCAACGCAUUUCAACCGUUCCACCGCCCAAACAUUCGUCUUAAUCAGGACAAAGAACAAAGGUUUUUUUAACUGAAAAAAUUCCCGGUUUUCCAGGAAUCCCGUAAUACCAUUUCUCAAUUCAACAUGUUACUACUUCGACAUUUCUCGACCGAUUGGAACAAUUUCAACACCAACCAUUUCAACUCAUUCAAAACAUUAAAUUUUAUUUUUUUUCCAUUUUCAAAAAAAUGUCCCACUUUUCCCAAAAUUCCCAAAUUUGGAGAAAUUCCCACUGAAAUCAAUGGGACAUUCUUCAAACUCCCACAUUUUUCAUCUGAUUCAAACUGUUCCAACUUCAAAAUAUUCAGCCUGUUAGGGAAUUGUGUGCCCUACUUCAACAAUUAAAAAAAACAAAAACCUUCCAGAUUUCCCAUAAUUCCUAUUUUUAACCUUCAUUUUCCCCACUCAAAUUAAAUUUUCCAUUUUUCAAACUUCCCCAAUUCCCACAUUCUUCCACCCAUUCCACCUUCAACACUUUCAACUCGUCCUUGACAUUCAAACUAACACUUUCCCAAGUUUCAAACCAAAUCUGGGUUUUCCUGGAAAUUCUAACUCUUCAACGUUCAAACUAUUCUUACAUUCGUACUACAUUCUAUCAGCAUUUCAGUUCAACUUCAGCAUUGGAGCAUUCACACACACGUCCUUCAAAAUUACCUCUUCUAAUUGGUUUUAAUCCUCAUUGUUUACUUCAAGUUAUUACAGUAUGUCUCUAUACACAUAUUUAUUGAUUUAUUUUGUAUUAAUUUUGGCCAAAGGGGGCACAUUUCAAUUUCUUACAUACACUUGUUAUUUCAUAUGUUGACCAGAAAAUUUGAAAACUCUCUCCUUUUUGGGAUCUCCCUAAUUCUAAUAGAUUUCACCACCAGGGGGUGCAAAUGAGACAUUCUCUAUUAGAUGCAAUAGUUUUCCGUAUUGAGACCAUGAUUUAUGUCCUUACUUGUUCACACCUCCUCAUAUGGAAGCUACUUUUCCUUGUUGACGUCUCAAGAAGGGUAGAAAUACAAGAACACACACACACACACACACGGGAUGUAUCAUUUGAAACCAGGAAGCUCCAUUUAAGUAGACUUUGCAGGCAUGGAAGAAACUGCAGUGACAAAACUCUGGUGAAGAUUUUCUUGACAUUCUGGUUCCUGUUGCCGCGACACGUGAGCAUGAGAAGCUGUUCAAAGGUUUAAAUCCUCCAUGUGCUAUGACAAAAAAAAGGAAUAUUUUGUAUUUUAAAUGAAAAAUAAAUUAUAAUAAAUGUUGGAGUUCAAA